AUGAAAGCAUAUCAUCCGAAAAUUAGUUCAUUUGAAGGUAAACUAACAUCAAUGACAAGUACACCCAAAGACAAUAUUAUUGCAUCACGUCCACCUUCAAGUAUAGCUUUUGACAAUUUUAGAAAACAAAAUUCAAUUCAAGAAACAAAUGUAUCUCGUAUAUUUGAUACUAGUUUUGAUGGUUCAACUACAAGUAAUAUAACAAGUGAUACUAGUGAACGAGUAGUUUUACCAAUACAUUCGAUUCAUAGUGAACGUGAUUUAAACGAAUCAAUUUCAUCAAAAAGUAAUCUAGAAGAUACAACAGAAACUACAAAUUUAGAUAGUAUUCGACCAUUAACAAGAGCUAAUUCUAUUAUUCCAACAAGUAAUACAAGUCGAACAUCAAUAUCAAGUACGAUGAGUCGAGAAGUUGAUCAUCGUAUAUCAGUUGGUUUGGCAUCUAUUUUGGAACGACAACGUAGUCCUGAUGUGCUGCUUAAAAAAUGGAUUAAACGACAUGCAUUAACAAAUAAUCCAAAUGAACCUUUACCAAUAACUGAAAGAGAUAAACGUCUAUUACGUGUAGGUGAUAAAGAUGAUCUUAAUCGUAUAUUUGGAUUAGAAAAUUCGACAAAUACGAUUAAAGAACAAGUAAGAGCACGUCAAAUUCUUAAGGCUGAACGUAAACCUGUAGUAAAUGUUAAACGUCGAGCAUCAGCAAGUGCUAAAUUCACUAAUGCUAAAGAGCAUGCACAAAUAUUACAUCAAUAUAAACGAGACGUAAAUGAUUUCACUGAGGAACAAGCUAUUGUUCUAAAUAAUAGACUCCAACAACUAGACAAUGGUCGUCUUAUUUAUUAUCAAUCAAAAUUAAAUGCUAUGCAACAACAUAUGCCAAAAUCAACUCUGAUUAGUUCAUUACUAAAUAAAAUACGUUUUGAUGAAAGUAAAAAGAAAAUAAAUCCUGUUCAUCUCAAAUAUCAACCAUGGUAUAUUGAUUUAUUAGAAAUGGUUGAACCUGAUUAUUCUAAAGAUCAUUUAAUAAAACUUCUUUUAAAAGAAUUAAAAGAAUAUGCUGACCCUGGUAAUAUACCGACUCCUCCUGGAUUUAAAAAGGUUCUUCAUGAUUUAAAAGCACAUGAAAUUUGUCAUCCAGAUAUAAUGGCUGCUAUAGAAUUUACACGUGUUCAUAUAGUAAAAAUGACUACCGAAGAUUUUGAUUCAUUUUUUCGUAAACAAUUUCCACAUGUUACAAGAUAUGUUACGCCUACAGCGGAAGAUCAGAAUAGUGAUCAGGAUGAAACAGCAUCCGAUAUAUGA